AGAGUCUUUUCCAAAGAAGACUUCCUAGAAAGCAAGUCAACCACAGUAGAAAAGACUGGAGAUGCACUGUGGGUUGAAAAUUGAGGAGCAUUCCUAGCAGCUGACCACAAGAGACAUUGGUCUCUCUUAAGGGAUCUGUGGUUGAGCGGUCGUCAUAAAGGCUGAGGUUGGGGCAGUAAGUCCCUGAAAAACACCUUGCAUGACCAAAAGAUUCCAAGGUCAGUUUACAUCAGCGCGAGUCAAGCAAUAUCUUUCAUACCCUGUAACUUUUAUCCCUCUUCUCCUUCCCUGCUCCAACCUUGGAAGGAUCAGAGACCAAAGUUGAGGGCUAGGAAUAGGGGAAGAAGAGACACACAAAACAAGAAGCAGAGGUGCCCAAAUCCCACCCGGAGAGGGAAGGAAGGAGUUGGAAGACACACGACGGACAGCGCUGGGGGUGGAGGGGGCCCUCAGGACACACAAGCCGGAGCUAAAGGCAGCCUCACGGCAAACAUCGGCACGCGCACGGACGCCGGCUCCUGAGGCGCGCGCGCGCACGCGCACGGACGCCGGCUCCUGAGGGGCGCGCGCGCGCGCACGGACGCCGGCUCCUGAGGCGCGCGCGCGCGCGCACGUGCACUUCCGUUAGUCAACCGUUUGGCCAGUUAUUCUCAGCCAAGAACCGUUUGGCCAGUUAUUCUCAGCCAAGAGGUGUUGAUGUUCCCUGUGUGUCUGUGUGACGGAGAUUGGGUGGGGUCCCCUCUAGCACUGGUUCUGGGCUCGGGGGACGGCGAAAAGCCGAGGGACAGCUGAGGUGUCUCCGGAGCCGGUGCCUCAGCGAUGAAGAGGAUUUUCGGCUUGGGGAGGAACCAGAUCGCUCCGUCAGUGAGCUCCCGCAGCCUCUGCGGGGCCGACGGGUCGGGUUACCUCCUCCGGGACCGGGACCUUGGCAAGAUCCACAAGGCCGCCAGUCGUGGCAAAGUGGCCAAAGUGCAGCAGAUCCUGUUGCUCGGAAAAAAUGGCGUGAAUGACAAGGACAAAAAGAACAGGACCGCUCUGCAUCUGGCCUGUGCCAAUGGCCAUGCAGAAGUGGUAACUCUCCUGGUAGAGAGAAAGUGCCAGCUGAACGUCUAUGACAGUGAACAAAGGACAGCUCUGAUGAAGGCUAUACAAUGCAAGGAAGAAGAAUGUGCAACCAUUCUGCUACAACAUGGUGCUGACCCAGAUAUUAUGGAUGCCAGUGGCAACACGGCUCUCCACUAUGCUGUCUGUGCUCAGCAUAUACCAAUAGCAGCCAAACUGCUUUCAUACAAUGCAAAUAUUGAGGCAAGAAACAAGGAUGGCUUCACACCACUUUUACUUGCUGUAGAUGAAAACAAACAGCAAAUGGUGGAAUUUUUAGUAAAUAAAGAAGCAAAUAUACAUGCAGUUGAUAAGACAAAAAGAACAGCCCUCAUGCUUGCUGUAAAUUUUGACUCAACGAAUAUAGUCAGUCUUCUUCUUCAGAAAGGUAUUGAUGUCUUUUCUCGAGAUUUCCGUGGAUGGACUGCAGACGAAUAUGCUCUUUUUAAUGGUUUUAUUAUCAGUCACAAACUGAUUUCUGAGUAUAAAGAAAAAAAGCUACCUGUGAGUUCCUCUCAAAAUAAUAAUCCAGGAGAGGAAGAGCAUUCUGAAGAAGACUCUUUAAGCAGGCUUUCCAACAAACCUGGCAUUGAUGAUUCAUGUCCUGCAUCAGAUGAUAAAGACUUCGAUUUUGAUCCCAAGGUGAAGUGCUCUCUGACUCUCCCCAAACCAAGCUUAACAAAGCUAAUGACUGCUCCUCAGCAAUUCAGGAAAAACAUAGAAGAAUAUCGUAGCAUUGUGAGACCACAAAAUAGAACCUUGUUGGAGGACAGUAGUUCUUAUAGUGCACAUGAAGAAGAUGUGGUUGAAACUCUCCAAAAGUUGCCAGUCAGAGUCCAGGGCCUCCCUCAUGCUGCCUUUCCAUCACCUGACCCUCUUCUAAAACCUCCCCUCGAGUCUUCAGCAGUCCCUGGUGCUACAAAGGAAGGAACAAGAAAGCCAGCAAUUAUAGAAAAAGAAGCUGGUCUUGAUAUUCCUGAAAGUGCUCCAAGAGAACAAAUGAAUAGUGGCAAUACGACUUCUGUUGUUGGAGCACACAAAGAUGAUAGAAGUGUGGAAGAAGUGAGGUUCUGAACUUCCAGUUAUUGAUCAGCUGCUUUCUUUGUAAAAAUAUAGAGGAUUCAUAUGGCAACAGGAUGAGGACUAUAUAAUCAACAAGUCCUAUUGGGUAUCAUUUCUUUUUGGAACAGUGUAUUCACAAAUAGGAUUUCUGUCUCUGGGAACUUGCACAUCUGUAGAAAACAAAUGAAAAAUUGGUAAGAAACCAUAAAAUAAAAUAAAUACCCUUAAUGCUAAUUAUAUCAUUCAGAUAUAAUCUAUAAUUGCAUUAAGUAUGAGUUUGCACUGGUUCUCUAUAUAUGGUAAAGUAAUAUACAUUACAAUAUAUUUAUAAACCCAAAUUGUUAUCUGGUACAUAAUUAUGUUUAGAUUAGAAAUUUCAGGUGUUAUAAAAAAUACUCAUUAAAAUACCUUGAGAAUGAACUGUAAUAUUUAAUUCAACAUACUCCUGGUCCUAGAUUGUAAACAUGAAAUAUAUUCUUUGAAGAAGUAGAUUUUACUUUUUUUGUACUUUGAGGACAGA